AUGGACUCCUCUUCAAUACGCCAACGAGCGCCAAAGGGACAACCACCCUCAAAUCCUUCAAAGCGUGCAUAUGCACAACCUGACGAAGUCGAAGACGCGAAUUCUCCUGUUAUAUCGGUCCUCGACAUCCUGCGGAUAAUUCUCACACUCAUCACGGUCUCCUCUGCCUUGUCAUACUACCUGACGUCGGGCUCGUCCUACUUCUGGAAUUACAAUCCGUGGUUCGCAAAUCCCUCACAAGUCGAGCGUUGGUGGAGAGGCCCGUUACUCCUGACUCCAGAGCAACUGGCAUUGUACAACGGUACGGAUCCUAAGAAGCCGAUCUACCUUGCAAUCAAUGGCACAAUUUUCGACGUGAGCGCAGGAAGGCACACGUACGGUCCUGGUGGCAGCUACGAAGUGUUUGCCGGUCGAGAUGCCAGUAGGGCAUUCGUCACAGGGUGUUUCCUUGAAGAUCGAACAGGAGAUCUGAGAGGAGCCGAGGAAAUUUACAUACCUAUUGACGAUCCAGAGGAAGAAAUCACCAGUGGAGCAAGGAAGACACGAGCGGAGAAAGAGCGCAGAGCAGCGAGAAAACGUGUGCUAGAAGAAGUAGGAAAGUGGGAAAACUUCUACAAGAACCAUAAAAAAUACUUCGAGGUUGGAAAGCUGGUGAACGUGUCUGAAUACACAGGCGAGCCACCGAAACUGUGCGAACCUGCUCAAAAAGGAAGGCCGCACAGAAAGAACAUGAGAAAAGUAGACAAGACAAAUGCGCCAGGUAAACCAGUGCAAUAA